AUGAUCCCCGUCAUCCGCGAACAAAACAUGCUCUCCGCGACGAUUUUUAGGAUGCUGUUAGCUUUAACUAUACAUCAUACUUUGACUGCUGAUGUUCCACCCACUGGGGUCGCCCCUGAAACCAGCUCUCCUCCAGCUUCUCCUGCGACCCCCGGACCCCCCGAGCGAGGCAGCUACAAUGUCACCAAUUCCUCUGAUGCUGUCUGUCUCUUGGCACGUAUGGGACUGCAACUCAACAUUAGCUUUAUUUCGAGCCCUUAUGACAAGACUGUCCAGGAAGUCUUGAACGUGCAUCCAAACCUGGUUAAAUCCUCUGGAUCCUGUGAUCCGGACAGUGCAACUCUCAUGCUCACUGAGGACAACAUUACUCUGACUUUCAGCUUUUCUUUAAAUUCCACAUCGAACAAGUAUCAUCUUAGUGGGUUGGAGUUGUCAGCUGCAUUUCCUGAUGUGGCUAAGCGCCUUGUUUUCAGGAACACCUCUCUGAAUUACAUGGUGGGAACCCUGGGCCACUCGUACAUGUGUCAGAAGGAGAAGACCUUGAGCGUUACACAGGAUUUCUCUCUCAACACCUUCCAGCUUCAAGUGCAGCCUUUUGGUGUCAGUGGAGACUUUGGAGCAGCUGAAGAGUGUGAUCUAGAUGAGGACGACAUGUUGAUUCCCAUUAUUGUGGGUGCUGCGUUGGCUGUUCUAGUGCUCAUCGUGAUCCUGGCUUACCUUAUCGGCAGGAAAAGAAGUCAUGCGGGCUACCAGACCAUCUAACCUCAUGUAAUCUUCAAGCCAGGAUGUAUAGGCACCACUGAUUUCUGCUCUCAUCUGGACUCAACAACACUACGACAACUGCAGCUGCCUAGUUUUCAACCCGCCCUGCCCUCUGCUGGUGUCUCACCCUGCCACCACUCAGGCGCUUCCUGGACUUUUUGUUGUAUUAUGUUAAACAAUAGUAUAAUUCAUGCAUAUUUAAGGGUGCAGGGCAAAAUCAAAGGAGUGUUUGAGGCUCUAGGUCAUGCUAAGGUAUUGUUUCCAGGAACCAGAUUAUGCUUAUCUAGAGGAAUGCCUGGUGUUUGUUGUUAUUUAGGCUUAAUCUGGGUUAGAAAGCAUAUGAUCUGUUUGGUACCUCAUAUUCUUAAAUUUAACCUCAUGCGUUUAUUUAUAUAAAUACAAGGAUUUACUGAUGAUGCUGUUACUGCUCAGUCUAAAAGGGACUAGAUAUUUAACACUACUU